AUCCCAAAUCACACAUUCACCUUGUUGCAGUCAAUUCAAUGCCCAACUUGAACACAGCAGCUCCUGGAGUAGAUGGCUACUUCCCAUUGAACGAGCCAGAGAUCGGCACAGCAUACAGGAAUACAGACGUUUUUCCUUCCAACGAAACUUUACCUGUCUUAUUCCAACCUCUCACAAUCAAGAAUGUGACAUUCAAGAACAGGAUAUUUGUUUCCGCAAUGUGCCAGUAUAGCUCAGAUAACGGUCAUGCGACUGAUUGGCACUUAGUCCACCUUGGAGGAUUUGCUACGCGUGGAUCAGGUGCUAUCACUGUCGAAGCCACUGCGGUUGUCCCAGAAGGCCGUUUAUCCGCCCAAGACGCAGGGCUUUGGGAAGAUAGUCAAAUAGCUCCCUUGAAACGCAUAGUCAAUUUCGUUCAUUCACAAGGAACUAAGAUAGGUAUACAGCUAGCUCACGGAGGACGCAAAGCCUCGACGCUUCCACCAUGGGUAUAUGCAAAUGCUGCUGGAACAUACAAAGCCGAUACAUAUGUGAUACAAGAGGAUGAAGGAGGUUUUGCGGAUAAAAUCUAUGGGCCGAGUGAAAUCUCGUUCGCAGACAAUUACCCUCAUCCCAAAGCAAUGACUGAAGUAGAGAUGCAACGUGUCGAGGAUGCUUUUAUUGCAGCAAUUGAGCGUUGUAAAGCAAUUGGCUUCGACUUCAUUGAAUUACACGCUGCUCAUGGAUACCUUUUCCACAACUUCCUUUCGCCCUUAUCUAACGCACGUGCGGAUGGGUAUGGCGGGUCUCUGGCCAAUCGUUUACGCUUUCCUCUGCGUGUCAUUGAGCGCGCUCGAGAAGCUUGGGCAGAGAAACCCCUUUUCGUGAGGAUCAGUGCAACUGACUGGGCAGAAGGCCCAGAGAUGGAUGAUAGUGGAAACUGGAGGCAAUGGGGGAUCGAGCAGAGCAAGGUAUUUGUAGGGGAGAUGGAGAAACUCGGGGUUGAUCUCGUUGACGCCAGCUCCGGAGGUAAUUGGGUGAAGCAACGAAUUUCGCUUGGACAUGGGUAUCAGGUUCAAUUCGGAGAAGCACUCAAGAAAGCUUAUCCCAACCUUGCCAUUGGCACUGUUGGCCUGCUUGUUGAUCCAGUACAGAUUGAGUCCUACCUAAAAGAUGGGAAGGCAGAUAUUGUGUUCCUCGCACGGGCGCUCAUGCGUGACCCACACUGGCCUAUGACUGCGGCACAAGCGCUGGGUGUCGCAGUCAAGCCUGCGAAUCAAUACGAACGAGCGUGGCCUGCCAUGCUGGCUUCAUAGUAAGUGACAUGAUGAAGUGACACGCUCCAGUCGUAUCAGUGCUAUAAAUACAGACUCAGCUGAAUAAACAAUUUAUAAUCCAUG